UGUUAGUAUAAGCUGUUAUCAGUAAUUUGUGUUUUGUUAAAUUUAUAACAACGUUAAAUUUUAUGUUGCUUUAAAGGGGGCGUAUCUUUUAAAUAGAAUCCCCCUAAAAUAUCAGCAUGGUAGAGUUGGACAAGACAAAAACUCAGCAAUUUUGCUACAAAUACAUGGACCAUGAAGGAGUACAGCGAGAAGCCACCAUUGAUGUCAUUAUACCAUAUGACGAUAGUCUAGAAGAGCUAACCACCCAAGUCUUAGCCCAAAUGGAUCCUAUGAUGCGCCUUUUGGAUGAAAAUAUAGGUAUUGAAAAGGUCCUACAAAAGUUUAUCGAUGUUGAAAAUCAAAAGUUUAGAGAUGAAUAUGCCGAAGAACUUUUGGAAAAAGUUCGCAAUAAUGAAAUCGAUGUUGAAGAGAUUAUACGUGAAACUGAGCGUCAUUAUAAGGAGGAGUUAAUACAAUUUGCUGAUCGUGUUGGUCCUUCAGAUGAGGAUAUAUUUGCCCAAAGUUUUCAUCGUCUUGUACAUUCCUCUUCGCUGGAGGAAAUCUUGAAAAAGGAACGUGCCUAUUCUAAAGUUAUAUCCAACAUGACCAAAGAAAUGGAUAAAGAGGUAGAAACGCUGAAUAAUACCCAACAAGAGGAGAUGGAGUCUAAAAUAAAUCAAUUGGAUAUAACCACAACACCAGAGGACAUAAACAAUUUAUUGGCGCAACAAUACUCUACACAGAAUUAUGUUCGUAAAAGAUACGAAUCGGAAUUGGAGGCAAAAAUAGGCCAUCAGAAAAAUGAAUAUCGUCAUUGGAUUACAAGCCAAGUUAGUGAACUAUUCCAGUCUUCGCCAGUUUCAACGCCAUUGGGCAAUCGCUCAUCCAUGUUUAUUUCUCAACAACCUUCAAUGGAGGAGAGCUUUACCAUACAUCUAGGAUCUCAAUUGAAGCACAUGCACAAUAUACGUAUACUAAGCUCAAAUGUUAAUGAUCUCUGUAGUCCACUUUAUGCAGAUGAGAGUCUAAAUGGUUUGAAUAUGGCCUUGGGUCUAUACUCCAGUUCAUUGUGUGGUGUUGUCGUGCUAACUCCCUCGGUUCAGGCACAGGCUAACAAAGAUAUUAUUAAGAAUGCAAAUAUGUCGACUGAAUUCCAUUUUAAUCAGAUCGAUGAUCAAUUAGAGAAAAUUGAACAACAAAUAAGACAGCUUAACAUUAAUUCUUCAUCCACACCCAGCACAAAAAGUUUAAGUACGGCUAGCACCGAUGUUAGUUUAAACAGUGCUGAUGGAACUGAUGUUGCUACCAAUGGCAGCGAUAAAAAUCAAUCCUUACAAAGCAGCGCAAGCAAUUCGCCAAUAAAAACCAGUGCAAAAUUAAAAACUGGUGACUUUUUCAUUACCAAACAUUCGAAUCUUUCACAAUCACAUGUUAUAUUCCAUCUAAUAUCGGAUGAGCCAAUCAAUGCUCCCAGCGAAAUAAAUUCCAGACAUCCGGUAAUAUUGGGUUUGCGCAACAUUCUGAAAACUGCCAGUCGUCAUGAUGUUACAACGUUGACAAUACCGGCACUAUUACGUCAUGAAAUGUCCGAGGAUAUGACAGUGCAAUGGUGUAUGCGUAGAGCGGAGCUGGUAUUUAAAUGUGCCAAAGGUUUUAUGAUCGAAUCAGCAUCAUGGGGUGGUGCCGAGUUAAGCACUUUGCAACUCUUACUGCCGCAUGAUAUAUCCGAAGAGCUCUUCAGCACCUUAGCCAGUAUGGUGCCCAAUGUGUUUCGAGUCGCCAAUCCCAAAAUACUAGUGGAUACCACAAAAUAGGAUUAAGACUACAUGUGUAUAGUUUGUAUUUGUUUUAUUUAAACUCGAAAAAAUGUUUAUAUAUAUAUUUAUUUUUUUUUGAAUUUUGUCGGUAUUUUUUUUAUUUAUAUUUUCGUUUUAGUUGGUUUUCCAUUUUAGCAAAUUGUUUGUUAUAUGUUCGAUUUUCAAAAGAAUAUGUUAACACAUUCACAAUCAAAAAAAAUUCCUGUAAAUUCUUGCUUUCCUUUUCGUUUUGUAAUCAAUGAAUUCAAUUGCGACUUGCUGGGCGGCAACUGUGCAAGUUGCCUCUAGACUAUAAAUAUACAUAAGUGAUCUUGUUCAAUAAAUAAUUCCACCAACUGUGUUUGUCG